AUGACUACCGUCUACCAGUCCACGGUCACCUUAACCUCCCCUUCCGGAGAACAAUUUGUCUUCGAGGUCUCGUCUACGAAACCAAAUCCAGAGCGCAGACUCGUCAUCAACACCCGCGAGGAGAAUGGGAAGACUAUCAUCAGGCCCAUUGUCGACGAGCUCUCCUCUACGACCUCGCCCAUCGUCUUCAACGAGGAUGUCAACCAUGCCGUGGACGAAUCACUUGUUGACGUCAAAGAGCCCUGGUCAUUACCUCAGCCACCUUCCAUGCUCGAGGAACCCUCCACGUUCCUGAAGGGCUAUGACUCUGACACUGAUUCUGAUGACGAAGAACAAGCCAUGGCCAGCUUCUGCAAACGCCUCAGGCGGGCUGCGAAAUUCCCUCGUCUCUCCAUCAAAUCCCGCGAUUCCUACUACAACUCUGAUUCCGAGGACGUGGACGACGAAGAGACACCGUCAUCCUACUGGAACUCUCACAAAUCCAAAACCACAUCCAAACCCAAAUGUACUUUCGAUCGCAAGGCUGUUCUGACAUUCGGCUCGAGUACACCUCCGGUGAAGAGGCGCCUGAGAACACGGACGACGAAGAACCAGGACGAAUCUGUGCCAAUCCGCUCUUUCGUCCGCGCCUCGCUCCCCAUGCACCACCCCAAACCCGCACCCCUCGAGACAGUGUGCCGACCUGCUUUCCUCGACAUCGGCUCUGAUUACGGAGUCUAA